AUGCAUCUGCUUCUGCUGGUCUCUGUGGCUCUCCUGGUCCUGGGUCAUGUGCCACCAGGGAGGAGCGAAUUCAAACGGUGCUGGAAGAGCCAAGGGGCCUGCUGAACUUACUGCACAAGGCAAGAAACCUUCAUGCACCUGUGUCCAGACGCCUCACUGUGCUGUCUCUCCUAAGUCCUCAAGCCCCUAGCCGUCCCCAGGGCUGAACAUGUGUAG